AUGUGCCACAAGCAGAGGGUAGUAGCUAGCCGUGAUAAAGAGGUACAUGCUGAAAGGAGGCGAGAUAGUAUAGGAAGAUUUUCAUCUUAUUUGGGUCCGACUAGUGGAAUCUCAAAGUUGCCUGGUUUCAGUGCAAGCAGUUUCAGUUCUUUUGGAAGAAGAGGUUUCAGUCGAGGGUCGCAGUCUCGACCUGUGCAUAGAGGGUCAAUGCAAAAGGGUGGAGGUGUGAGAAUUGGGCCUCUACAGUCUUUGAGGCAAGCAUCGAAUGUUCCAAGUCUGACUUUGAGUACUGGAAUGAUGCCCCAGUGCAACAUAUGUAGUAUAUCUCAUCCAAGAAUAUGUUGGGCUUGCUACAAGUGUGGUAAGUUAGGUCAUAUAGCAAGGCAAUGCCCAGAAGGCAGAGUUGAAGGGGCUAAGCAGAGAUCAAUGGUUCCUGGCCAAGUAUUCGCGGUUACACAAGAAGAGGCCAAAGCAUCUCUAAACAUGAUCAGAGAUAUGAUUUCUGUUAAUGGUCACAAAAUAAAGGCAUUGUUUGAUUCGAGUGCCACCCAUUCUUUUAUGUCUAAGGAAUGUGUGGAUAGAUUGAAAUUGUCUUUACAAGAAUUGCCUGUGCUCAUUAAAGUGACGAUACCUUUUGGAUCGUCUAGUAUUACAAGUUAA